GUUUCCGCUUUUAACAAUAUGGCCGCCAGUUGUUUAGGGUAAUGUGGCGUUCGACAAAUCCGAGUGAAAUUGUUAUAAUUUAUUUUAGCUACGUAAAGAUGUACACAGUUUUAAGUAUUUUAUAGCAGUGUUUCAUGGAAAGGCUGUAUUAAAAAUACUUAAUAGUUGGUGAAUAAAAUUCUAAAUGCAGAGAAAUUGAACAGUCAACAAACUUUUGUUUAUUUCGUCGAGUGAAUUUAUUUAUUUCGCUUGAAAAAACUUGAUUAUGAAACAACCUUUUGGUUAUUAAAAUAGUGAAACAAGGACUGAAUUUAAUAUAUUAGGUAAAUACCAUUUAUUUGUAAAGAACUGAAAUUAGAACGUCUUCCAGUCGCCAUUGUUUGACAGACGAAUAAAUAACCAUCUUGAUGUUAUGGCAAACUUGAAUUUCCAACAAGCGCCUAGAAGCCUAGCUAGUGGCGGUGUUGGAGGCAGAGUUGGUUCAGGAUUGGUCGGUGGUGUAUCAGGGCAUGUGACACCAACAUUUGGUGGUGCCCUGUCACCUGGACGGGGUUCCACGGCUAUGCCUGGAGGAGCUCCUCCCUCCAUGGCCUCUAGAUCUACAUUAUUUGGACAAAGAGCAUUCGCUGACCGCAGAGUACCAAUGGCAACACCACUGUCACAAGCCAACUCAAAUUCAAUGUCGAGUAUGGCGAAUCUGUCGAGGUUCAACGCGGGGAACUACCAUUCGGUGUUCGGCGAGGGCGGGGACACGUCGACGCCGCCGCUGUUGGACCUCAGCGAGUUCCCGUCGCUGACGGCGCGGGGCGCCGGCGACCAGGCGCCCGCCGCCGCGCCGCCGCCGCCCGGCUCUAAGCCUUACGUGGGUAUGGUGAAGCAGCCUACCUCUGAGCAGUCUGAGUUCACGAUGUCGUCCGAGGACUUCCCCGCGCUCCCGGGCACGUCUGCGGGCACGCAUGCGCCCGCGCCGCCCGCGGACUACGCGCAUGCACCCGACAAACCAUCACGGAAAGGCAUACAGACAUCACCGGAUGUCAUCAGUCAAGGAGCACAUACGGAAUACUAUGGCAAAGUGACGAACAUACCAGAGACAAUGAUACCAAACCAGUUUGGUAUAGUGGGACUUCUGACCUUCAUCAGGGCAGCAGAAUCCGACCCUAGUCUGGUGUCGUUAGCGUUGGGGCAAGAUCUCACUGCAUUAGGCCUCAACCUCAACUCACCGGACAAUUUAUACCUUACCUUUGCUGGCCCGUGGGCGGAUACGCCUUGCAGACCACAAGACAUGGACUACCACGUGCCCCCCGAGUAUCUGAUAAACGGUUCUAUCAGAGAAAAGCUGGCACCGUUACGACUUAGUCGAUAUAAAGAGGAUCUGUUAUUCUACCUUUUUUACUGCUUCGUGGGCGACGUUCUGCAAAUAGCAGCCGCGGCCGAAUUAUACAACCGUGAAUGGCGGUAUCACAUGGAGGAGAAGGUGUGGAUCUCUCAAGCGCCCGGCAUGCCCAUGGUGGAGAAAACAUCCACCUACGAGCGCGGCACCUACUACUUCUUCGACGCGCACAAUUGGCGCAAGGUGGCGAAAGAAUUCCACUUAGACUACAGCAAGCUCGAGGGCCGACCGCAGCUGCCGCCGCACGUGCUCACGUAGCGGACCCGCGCCUCACCUAUUGUAGUUUUGUUAUAUAAAAGUACAAGUUAAA